AUGACGAGCCGAUUACCGCGCCUUUGGCAACCCGGGAAUCCUCAGCGAUACGUUUUUUUGCCGGAUUUUUGGGUAGCUGUUGCCUCAAAUUCCUCAGUUGGACGAACGAAGUUGCCGAAAAACUGUGUCAAGUUUGAAGUUGAUCCUCGAAUGUCAAGGCAGGAUAUCCGAGAUUACCUCGUCAAGAUCUACAACUUGCCUGUAAGGGAUGUGCGAACUGAAAAUCGAAUGGGAGAUAUUAUGUGGAGUACACCAGCGGAUAGACAGUACAAGAAAGCGAUGUGGAAAGAUGGCGACAAGAAGUUCGCAUAUGUUUUCAUGAAGAAGGGUUUCGAAUUCACUGUUCCUGAUAUAUUUCCUGAAGAUGAGGAAGAAGUCGAGUUGCGGAAAGUUAAGGAACAGCAAGAGCGACUGACGGUUAAUAGUAAGUUUAAUAAUCGUGAUAGAAAAGAUAUUGGAGAAUUCUUUGGCGUUUGA